UAAAGCACAGACUUGCUGAACAGUUGAAAUUUUAAAUUGAAGACGAGCGCACGCUUUUUGCAAAAUGUUUAAUAAGCUAAUCGAUAUUUUGAACAGACCAAAUGCGGAUCCUGUUGGCGCAACAUAUCCACUAAUGGGCUCUGCCUGGCCGAUGACACUUAUACUUAUAUCCUAUAUGUAUUUUGUGCUAAAGUGCGGCAAAUUAUUUAUGGCAAAGCGUGAGGCGUACAAGCUAAAAACAGUGCUCAUGGUCUAUAAUGUAUACAAUGCAAUGGUAUUCGCCUAUAUAUUUUAUCAUAUGUUUAUUGAACCCAAGUAUGACUUUCGCUGCAUGGAGACUAUGCAGCUGGAUGAUCCGCAUAAAAAUGUGGAGCGUUAUAUAAGCUAUGCUUACUAUAUAAAUAAGGUGAUCGAUCUGCUGGACACGGUGUUCUUUGUGCUGCGCAAGAGCUACAAGCAGAUAACAUUUCUGCAUGUUUAUCAUCAUGCGAUGAUGGUUUUUGCUGUGUAUUGGGUAUCGCGACUCUAUGGCUUUGGUGCUCAGUUUGCAGUAUUGGGAUUGCUCAACUCAUUUGUGCAUGCUAUAAUGUACUACUAUUACUUUAUAUCCGCCAUGUAUCCCAGCCUGAAGCAGAGCAUUUGGUGGAAGCAAUACAUAACCAUAACGCAGCUGCUGCAAUUUGUAUUGAUAGGAGCGCAGUGCUUGUGGAUUUUGGUUUACAAUCAGCAGUGCAAGUUUCCCAAGCUGCUGCAGUUCGGUUUGCUUAUACAGAGCGUUACGUUUAUAAUUAUGUUUAGUAAUUUCUAUUAUCACACCUAUGUAAAGCCAAAGCCUAAAGUGAAAUAAAUGUAGUGUUUUGCAGCUUACACAAUAAUUUAA